AAAAACUUUGAAACCACCUAGACCACCUCCACCACAGUUGCAAUCAACAGCUAAAGAUGAGCUUGAAGAUGAAUUGAAACAUCUUGAACUAUUAAAGAAAGAGGCUGAAGAAAGAAGGCGAUUAGAAGAUGAAGAGAUUCAACAAAGAAUUAAACUACUGGAAAUUAAAAAACAAGAAGAAGAUGAACGAAAUAGACAGGAACAAGAACGGCUGCGGAAAGAGGAAGAAGAAAAAGAACGACAGAGACUUUUAGCAGAGGAAGAGAGAAGACGAAAUGAGGAAGAGGAGAGAAAAAGAAAAGAAGAGGAAGAAAAAGAGAAACAGGAAGCAGAAAAAAGAAGAAUUGAGAAUGAAAGAAGACGAAAGAGACUGGAGGAAAUGAGACGGAAAGUUGAAGAGGAUAAUGAAGAUGAUUCAAAUAAAUCAUCAAAAAUAGAUUUGCCAGAAAUUACCUUACCAUCUCUGCAGAUAGAUGUAGAUAAAUCCUCAAACAUAGAGAAUAAUCAACACCAUAAUGAUCAGCUUAAAUUGAAAACUAUUGAAAAAAAUGAGAUUUCCUGUCCCAGAUCGGAGAACUUUGGAGUGGAGCCUGAUAUUUUGGCGAGUAUUAAGGACAGACCAACUGAUUUAGCAGUUUCUGUAGCAUCACCUGAGAUUAUGCCUGCACCUAUUGCCCCACCUAGGAGAAGGAAGAAAAAGAAACAGAUUUUUGAUGAUGGAGAUACUUCUUCAGUUGCUUCAAUGGAAAUGGAGACACCGGCAGAGGAGCAAUCAACAACUCAAUCAAUUGGUUUGCCAGUGUGUGAUAGGCCUCCUAGUGAGAUAUUGACUCCAACUACAACGAUUGAAAGUAUCACUAAAGAAUUGGAGCACUCCUUGGAUCUAGUUGCUGCCACUAAAGGAGAUUCAGUAGUUCUCCAUCAAGACUUAGAGCAAAUCAAAGGCCAAUCAAGAGUGGAUGUUGAAGGAGAUAACACUAGUAAUAUUGAGAAACCAUCAAGUGAGACAAAAGUAGAGGUUGACGCUGGCGAUGAGACUGGAGUCACUGAGCUUGGUGACGGUGACAAUGAGUUCCAUCAAAGAUUACUAAUGAAAGGAAGAACAGAAACAGGAAAGUUAUUGUCAGAUGAGGAAGUACUUUCUAAAGUGAUGGUUACUAAUUUGGACACUGGUGAACAGAUUCCAUUGGCUGAAGCCGAAGAUAAGUUACCAAAAUGUGUCAAUCCAUUAGUUUUACAUAUUAUGAGAAUUACCUCAGAGUAUGUUAGAUUCAAAAUUAAGAGAAUGAUUGGUAAGACUGUUAAUAAAACGGUUAAUAAAAUUAAAGAAGUAACAAAGCAUGAAGAUAGCUCUUCAUCAGAAGAUGAAGCUAUGCCAAUAGAUAAUAGAUUCAUAAAGGUAAAAGCAUGUUCACACAAUAAAGGGCCAUAUGAUUUUGAUCAGAUUAUAAUGGCUCAAGAUUUGAGUGGUGACCAUGUAGGAGCUGUGUGGACCAUGAAGUUUUCCUAUUGUGGCAGGUUGCUGGCAACCGCUGGUCAGGAUACUAUACUCCGAAUUUGGGUGCUGAAAGACAAUUACAGUUAUUUUGAUGAUAUGAGGCAAAAAUACAACAGUGAAUCAAGAGUUUCACCAAGCCCCUCCCAGGAAAGUGUCAACUCCAUUACAUCAGACUCCAGGGAUUCAGAAAACACACCAGAAAGCACCCUAGAAAUGGAUCACAAUGAGGCUUCAGUCUUUGCCAAGAGACCAUUCUGUACUUAUGCUGGACAUACUGGAGAUGUAUUGGAUGUGUCCUGGUCAAAGAAUUAUUUUAUUUUGUCUUCUUCCAUGGAUAAAACUGUGCGUUUAUGGCAUAUUUCAAGAAGGGAGUGUCUUUGUUGUUUCCAGCAUAUUGAUUUUGUCACCGCUAUAGCAUUCCAUCCACGGGAUGAUAGGUACUUCCUGAGUGGUUCACUGGAUGGUAAAUUGAGACUAUGGAAUAUACCUGAUAAAAAAGUAGCAUUAUGGAAUGAAGUUGAUGGACAGACCAAACUGAUCACUGCUGCUAACUUCUGUCAGAAUGGUAAAUUUGCUGUUGUUGGCACUUAUGAUGGACGGUGUAUAUUUUAUGAUACAGAGCAUUUGAAGUAUUUUACUCAGAUUCAUGUCCGAUCUACAAGGGGUAAGAAUGCAAAAGGAAGGAAAAUCACUGGGAUUGACCCAUUGCCAGGUCAGGACAAG